GCCCCGCUUCCGCUCCUCGGGGCUGUCGUCUGUCCUGCACAGAGACCAGCAUCUCCACGGUGCAGGGCCCAGAGCUGGACAGCACUGCGGCUCUGCACAUGCACAGGCCUGGACCGCGGCUGGCUGUCGAGGGCAGAGGGGAGAGGAGGUGCUGAGCGAGGGCCCAGGGGAUGGCGGGGCUUUGCUGCCGGGAGCCCGCCAGAGUCCUGUCUCUCCUCUCAGAACAGUGACCGCGGAGAAGUCGCUGGUCCCAGUGCUGGGAGCACCCGCCUCGCCCACCCUGGGUGGGCUCUAACGACCCCCAAUGACAGAUGAGGAAACAAGCUCUGCGGUUAAGAGGAGCCUCCUGAACUGCUCCACGUCAAAGCUGCAGGGCCAGAAAGAGGUUCUCAAGGAAGCCCCAGCCCCACGGCCUGAGCUGGCCAGCCCAGACCCCAGGACACGGCCAGCAGGGAGCCUGGCCCACCUGCCUCAGCGCCCUCACUGGAGAGUCCACUGGCCCCAGGAAGCCCCCAGCCAGCCCCCAAGAGACCUCGAGGAGCUUUGAGGAUGGAGUCAGAUGCGGAGUCCUCCACUCCCUUGGGCCCUGUUGCUGCCCCAGGGGAGCUGGACGCCAGGCCUGGCUGCUCCUCCCUGGGGCUGCCCAGCGGAGACCCGGGGAAGCUCCGAGUGCUGCCUGUCGGGCCCGGAGCCCACUGCGGGGACCCUGCCCCCGGGGGCGCCGGCAGCCAAACCGCUGCGGGGGACGGCCCCCUGGACACGGGCCUCACGCGGGAGCCGAGCGGCGGCACUAAGAUCCCUAACCGGGACAGUGGGAUCGACAGCCCGUCCUGCAGCGUGGCCGGCGAGAACUUCCCCUGCGAGGAGGGCGGCGAGGCGGGCCCCCGCCCCACAGUCCCGGGGCUGCACCCCGAGAUGGCCCCAGAUGGCACGGCCCUGCGGGAGGAGGCCGAGAGCGAUGUGGGUGAGGGCAGCGGCGAGGAGCCCGACCCCGAGAACAGCCCCCCGAGGGCCGACACGGACCCAGCCAAGUGCUCGGAGCCCCAGAAGCUGCUUCACAUUGCUCAGGAGCUCCUGCACACCGAGGAGACCUACGUGAGGCGGCUGCACCUGCUGGACCAGGUUUUCUGCACCCGGCUGACGGCAGCGGGGAUCCCUCCAGAAGUCACCACGGGCAUCUUCUCCAACAUCUCCUCCAUCUAUCGCUUCCAUGGGCAGUUCCUCCUGCCCGAGCUGCAGAAGCGGAUCACGGAGGAGUGGGACUCGAACCCCCGGCUCGGGGACAUCCUGCAGAAGCUGGCCCCGUUCCUCAAGAUGUACGGCGAGUACGUCAAGAACUUUGACCGGGCCAUGGAGUUGGUGAGCACCUGGACCCAGCGCUCGCUGCUAUUCAAAGACAUCGUCCAGGGCAUCCAGAAGCAGGGCGUGUGCGGGAACCUGACGCUGCAGCACCACAUGCUAGAACCCGUGCAGAGGAUCCCCCGCUACGAGCUGCUGCUCAAGGACUAUCUGAGGAGGCUCCCAGGGGACGCCCCGGACCGGAAGGACGCAGAGAGGUCCUUGGAGCUCAUCUCCACAGCCGCCAACCACUCCAACGCUGCCAUUCGGAAAAUGGAGAAGAUGCACAAGCUCUUGGAGGUGUACGAGCGCCUGGGUGGGGAGGAGGACAUCGUCAACCCCGCCAACGAGCUGAUCAAGGAGGGCCACAUCCAGAAGCUGUCUGCCAAGAACGGCACCGCCCAGGACCGCCACCUCUUCCUGUUCAACAGCAUGAUCCUUUACUGUGUGCCCAAACUGCGGCUCAUGGGCCAGAAGUUCAGUGUCCGAGAGAAGAUGGACAUUUCGGGCCUCCAGGUGCAGGAUGUCGUCAAGCCAAACACGGCGCACACGUUCAUUGUCACGGGGAAGAGAAGGUCCCUGGAGCUGCUGACCCGGACAGAAGAGGAGAAGAAAGAAUGGAUUCAGGUCAUUGAGGCCACCAUCGAGAAGCACAGACAGAACAGCCAGACCUUCAAGGCCUUCAGUGGCUCCUUUGGCCAGGAUGAGGACCCUUCCUUCACUGCAGACCAGCCUAUGCUGAGCGCCAGCUCCGGGGAGCCCUCAGUGGCCGACGGUGGAGGGAGUGCCGCAGGGCCCGAGCCCAGGAGAGGGUCCUCUAAGACCAGGCGGGACAAGGACAAGCAUGGCUGCAGGAGCUGCGGUGAGACCUUCAACUCCAUCACCAAGAGGAGGCACCACUGCAAGCUGUGCGGGGCGGUCAUCUGUGGGAAGUGCUCCCAGUUCAAGGCCGAGAAUGGCAGGCAGAGCCGCGUCUGCCGACAGUGUUUCCUGACUCAGCCGGUGGCCCCCGCUAGCCCCGGCUCCGAGGAGCCCGUGGAGCCCAAGCAGAGCACGGAGAAGCCGGCCUCUGCAGACCCCCCACCCAGCCUGUUCUGUGGCCCCCUGCGGGUGUCGGAUGGCGGCUCGGCCUGGAGCGAGGUGUGGGCCACCAUCCCCACGUCAGACCCCCUGGAGCUGGUGCUGCACCUGCAGGGAGGCAGCCAGGCUGGCCGCCCGCCCCGAGCCGUCCCCCUCUCUGGCUGCACGGUGAGCGUGCCCGACCCCGCGGAGAAGCUGGACGCCCGGCACGUGUGGCGGCUGCAGCAGGCCCAGCAGUCCUUGCUCCUGAGUGCCCCGUCUGCGGAGCUGCAGCAGCAGUGGCUGGAGGCCCUGAGCGCGGCCGCCCUCGGGGACUCGGCCCGGGCCAGCCGGGGGGCCCUGCAGCCCCGGGCCCCCUGAGCUGAGUCUCGGCCAUGGCUCCGGCCGCCGUGGCGGGGCCCGUGCUCACCUGGGAGGGACGUCGGAGGCCGUCACGUGCAGACGUGAAGGGCACCGGGCUGCUGAGGGCCCACAGGCCUCAGGGCACGUGGCCCCGGGGGGUCCCUCCGCUUCAAAAGGGAGGAAACUGAAGCCCAGACAGGGGCAGCCACCUGCCCAGGGGCACCCAGCACGUUCCCGAGAAGAACCUGGCCUCCGCCCACGGCCCAGCGGAGUGGGCUGGAGUGGGGUACGGGGCGACUGUCAAGGAAAUCCCUUCUGAGUGGCCGUGAGUGGGCGCCCGGCUCUGGAGGGCAGAAGGAGCGUCCUGG